CAUGGCAAUAUAUGCAUCGGUCGUAUACGUAGGAGGCUAUGCAGUGAAAAAUUGUUGGUUUUGUGGAGUUCUUUUACAACAUUCCACUGAUUAUUGAUGAUGUAUGUCAGAAGCGACUGUGUUGACAAUGGCGGAGGCAGAAGGAUGCGAGAUCGAGAAAUCGACCAGAAAAGCAAGAAAGUGUAAAUUUUUACGUCAGGUUUCAGCUAAAGAUGAGAUCCACGCAAGAUUCAAGCAGAUUCGUGAUAUCUUAAAGAAGUCAGAAGAAGAACGCACAAAUGAAGAGACAGGUAUUUUAAAGGAGUCGCCCGAAGUAGUCAAGGCUGUUCAGAAGAGAGACAAGAUUCAACAUGCACAAAAACAGAGGGAACUUGAGAUUGAAGAUGAACCUGAUAUCCUCAAGUUGAAAUGUCAGCAGCUUGCUAAUGCAAUCAAGGCCUCCAACAAGAUAGUCAUAUACACCGGAGCAGGAAUAAGUACUGCUGCCUCCAUCCCAGACUACAGGGGCCCUAACGGUGUGUGGACUCUACUGAAGCAAGGGAAGGAACUCCAGGCACAGGAUCUGUGUGAUGCUGAACCCACCUACACCCACAUGGGCAUCACCCAGCUCUACAGAGAAGGACAUCUGAAGCAUGUGGUGUCUCAAAACUGUGAUGGUCUUCAUAUACGAAGUGGCCUGACCAGGAAGGUGUUGUCUGAAGUCCAUGGGAACAUGUUUAUAGAGCAAUGUAAAGAGUGCAAGCCACAUCCAGAAUACAUCCGACUGUUUGAUGUGACAGAGAGGACUGGUGUCCGGCGCCAUGGAACAGGACGGAAAUGUCACAAGUGCAAUAACCUGUUGCAGGAUACUAUUGUCCACUUUGGGGAGAAGGGUGGAAUCAAAUCUCCAUAUCGCUGGAAGGAGGCAGUCAAAGCUGCUAACAACUGUGAUCUCAUUCUCUGCCUAGGCUCAAGUCUCAAGCUUCUGAAGAAAUACUCCUGCCUGUGGUGUCUGAACCUCCAGGUCCAGAAGCGACCCAAGCUGUACAUUGUCAACCUACAGUGGACCCCCAAGGACAAUGUUGCAACACUCAAGAUCAAUGGGCGCUGUGAUGAUGUCAUGCAGCAGGUCAUAUCCUGUUUAGGGUAUAGUGUUCCGGCUUACAAACGAGAAUUAGAUCCACUCUUCUCCCUCUCAACACCACUGCGGAAAAAGGAAUUAAAAACUACCUCAAAGAAAAUUCUUGCUAUUCCUGAAGGCUAUAUAAAACCAGCAGUAAUCAGGAGGAAGCCUCUGACCAAAGAUAAGAAGUCCAAUUAUUCCACUAUCAAGAACUUACUUGGACACCAGCAGCUGCAGCAGGAUGAGCUGGCCGACUCCAAGGCUUCUGUGGACCCUACACAUUUGCUCAGGGUGGAUAAUCCCUCCUCCAUAUCUUGUGAUAUGCUUGACUCUGUUCUUGUGAAAGCAGAACACCCCAAUAUAGCAGCUAUGCAAGAUUCUGAUAAGUGCUUUAGACUCUCAGGUGUCUACACUAAUCACAUGUUAAUACCUCAAGUCAUUCCAUCUCUCCAUGUGCCAGUUGCAUUCCAAAGUGCUGUAUUAGCCACUGAUGGUGUUGGUGGCCACGAUCUCAAACUUGUGUCCGUACAACCAGCUCCCCGACCUCGAGAGACUCCUGUUCCUGUAGAUGUUCCCACUCUCCCAGGGAGCGUCAUACUGGAUCAUUGUUAUUGUAGACAGAUCAACUGCCAGUGUCAGAACUCUCCCGAGAAGAGUCCUCAAACCACAGUAGUUCCUAGCAUAUCCAGUGUUCAGUAUUCGGAAAGUGUUCAGGAUCAAGCUUUGGACUUGUCACCCACGUCAAGUUCAGUGGACCAUCCUCUUGACUUAUCACCACAGGCCAAAACGCAUCACUGUGUCACAGCCAAGUUAGUGCAAACUCCUCAUAUAGCUACAAGUGAACAACCUCAUUGUGAUGGAGUCAUUUCAUCGGGACCACCAGGACUGGUUCUAGCAGCCUCCUUGAAUCCUGGAGAAACAUCCUUUGAGACAUUUGGUGAUCUCCAGAAGUAUUGUAUGAUGGGCUUCCCACCCUCCUUUGUAUCUAGCCCACCCAUUUUCCACACUCAGCCCAUCCUGUCCCAGCCUCCAAGGUCAUCUCCGUCUGUGUCAUCACCAUCAGUGUCUACAAAUAACACUGUAUCAGGGAGCAGGCAGGCCAGCACUACAGGAAAAGUGAAAGAAGAAAGGGAUAGGCUGGGUUCACUGACUUCAGAUAUUAAGCAGGAAAAGGGGGAGCAAAGUGUUGUAAAGGAUGAGGAAACCAAGCAAAAGUGUGCUCAACGAACAAAGCGACGCCUGAGCUCAGCCUCAUCAGUGCCAGGCUGGUUUGGGAAAGGUUUGGCCAUUAAGAAAAGGCGCAAGUUUUGAUUUUUUGCACACAAAAGAGCAACGUUUCUUGACAGUAUUGUGUUAAAUAAUCCUGUGUGGAUUAUUUGAUGAUUAUUCACCAUGAUGCAAUAAAACUAAAAAGUUGUUUUUCUUUAUUGCUCAUCAAGCCCACAGUGUAAAUGUUUGUUUGGUCCAAUGAUCAAAACCCUAUUGAAAAUACUCAUCUGUAUCUAGCUAUCUAUAGUCCUGUUGAGAUUUCUUGAGAAAUUAUUGUUGAAUGAAUUUAUUUACCACAUUGUGUAAAGUAAAAUUUUGCUGAAGAUGCACCUGUCCAAAACGUAUGUUUCUUUACAAUGAAAACAGUUAAUGAAACAGUUGACUCCUGUUGUUUCAAAGAGCUAAGGGUAUUUAACAUGCUUAACUGAUGCAAUAUGAUACAGAAUGUGGGUGAGACUGUGACGUCACUUGGAGUUGGAUGUGAAGGGAUUGAAUGUAGGAGUAAAAGCCAUGAAACAAUCAGUUAAAACUAUGGGUGAACAUAGUGAAGUUUGAGGUUUAAGUUAACAGAAUGAGCUUACAUGAAACGGUCAAAGUUGGACUUGAAGGAAUUUGAUAAAGUCGAGAGAACAAGUUUUGAGUCGACAGUGUGGAUAUUGAGACAGAAUCUUACCUGAUGCUAGUACAAGUGCAGUGAUCAGAUCAUUAUAGUAUGGAAUAUCAAACCAUUUCAGGUUCAGGAAAUUGAAUAACUAUCACGAGUAUUGUAGUGAUUCAUGAAAUGAUCACUGUCAUGAUCCCAAC